AUGGCUGCCAGUCUCGAUAUCGACUCCUCCGACUUCGAAGAUGUCGUGGAAGAGCACGAUCGAAGCCUCUUCGCAUCGAAUCCCAACAUCGGAAAGCGGGUCUCGGCCCUUAUUGUUGCAAACCAAGCCGUGGAUCGACCCCUGAGCAAGAAAAACGCUCGCGAACUCACCUAUGCCCAUGGCGCCCCCAAGACUAGAGACGUCCAGCACAGUGUCAUGGCGAUCUGGGACACGUUCUGCACCACUAUUAACCACGAGGUCCGGAGGUCGAUCUCGGUCAUCUCGGGCAAAACAGUCCCCUCUCUUUCGUUCAUCCGCAAAGUUUGGCGCAUUCUCAUCGACCUGCUGACAUUUCGACACGAGGACCUGCCGCAGCACUACACUCCCUAUCACGAGAAAAGGAUCAACGUUCACCUCAGUCAGCUGUGGUUCGGCUUCAAGGUGAUCCAGCAAAUGGCACAGACGUGGCUCGAACGAGCCCUCAACGAGGGUUGCCUUUCAUGGGACCGCACUUUGCUGAAGCUCCUUGGCAUCCUGCUUCAGGCCAGCUGCUCGUCUAGGUCGGGUGACGUUGCCCGCUCGUCCUUGUACGAGGGUUUUGAGUGUCUAUGUUACAAACACCUGGAGCUGUCAAUCAAGGACCGCAAGAAGCCAUUGGACAGCGUCCAAAACCUGACCCUCAAGGUUACACAGGAGUUCAUGAAAAACUACAAAGGAGCGCUGCGUGAUGCUGCGUACUUGAGGCAGCCCGUCUACGGAUUUGCAGACCGUGCCGUGGCACUCGUCGCCAACCACACCCUGGAUUCGCUCGAUAUCGGCCGCAUGAAGGCGGGCAAGUCGUUGAAGCGCGCAGCCACUGACGCCUGGAAAGAGGAGCAGAACAACGCCAGAGAAGCCCCGGCCAAAGCAGCCCCAGCGAAGAAAGUCACCGCCUCGGCGAAACGGAAAGCCCAGCCUCUAGCCAAACCUACGCCCAAGGGAGACCUCAGCAACGCCGAUCCACGACUGCUGGCCUGGGAUGACGUGGAAUCUGCAAAUGUAGACGAGCAUGAGCUCGACUAUGUUUGCGACUUGAUCGAUGGCCGUGCGACAGGGAAAUCAAAUGAGGGUCAGGCGGCCAAGGAUUCAGGCCUUUUGGACGACGACCAAGACGAAGCGAAUGACGAAGAGGUCGAGCAAGUGCUGGCAGAUGAAUUGCAGCCAGUUUCUGCCGACCAGACAACACCCACGCGCCUGACUGGCAAUGCCCUCGUCACCAAGUGUGCGACUAUCAAUGUGUACAAGCUGAAAAGAUCUUUCGACUCCUCCGACCCAGACGUUGUGUCAAUGUAUGUCCCAACCGGGAACAGCAGAGACCCUCCCGAGCCAUUCCUGUAUUUCUGCAGCAAAUGUGGCUACUCCAACCGAUGGGUGCAUGUCGUAGAAAUGCACGAAGCUGCCUGCACCGUGGAUCCGGAUGCUACGGCAAACGAGGAACGCUACCACUGCCACUAUGAGGGAUGCUCAAAGUCGUACCCGAAGGAAACGACGUUGAAGGCCCACAUCCACAGCGCUCAUCAGUUCGUCCCCAAGCCCUGUGUUCAGUGCCCGGACAAGCCCGACGUGAUUUUCAACACGCAGUACGAGUUGACGAAUGACCGUACCAAAUUCCACAACGACCUGGACAACCCGACAAUGUGCCUGUACCAGGACGAAUGUGGAAAGCAGGAGGCCUACAACGACAAAAAAGCUUUCAAGUUGCACCUGUGCUUCUUUAUGCACCUAACCCACUGA